CACGCAGAGACUGAGGAGAGAACUGCGCUCUGACAAAAUCCCAGAGUUCAAACUGUUUUUAAGACACAACUUCUGCGUGUUACUACAGUUUACCAACAAUAACUAGUUUUAUUGGAGUAAACAAGCAUCUAAAUUGCGCAGGGCAGCUAACCCGCCUCAGCUGAGCGCGCUCCUGGAUCUGGUGAUGUGACAACCCGGCUGCGCCACAGUGGCGCUUUUACGCGCGAUGGAGGAGCUUUUACGCGCGCAGGACGCCUGGUCCCAGAACGGUUCGUGGUGCAACGCGAGUCGGGUGAAUGAAAGCCACGCGGGGAACGACACGGUGAACCCCCUGAAGCGGAACGAGGAAGUGGCCAAAGUGGAGGUGGCCGUGCUGGUCCUGGUGCUCCUUCUCGCUCUGACGGGCAACCUGUGCGUCCUGUGGGCCAUCCACACCACCAAGCACGGCCAGUCCCGCAUGUUCUACUUCAUGAAGCACCUGAGCAUCGCGGACUUGGUGGUCGCGGUCUUUCAGGUCCUGCCUCAGCUCAUCUGGGACAUCACGUUCCGCUUCUACGGACCCGACUUCCUCUGCAGGCUGGUCAAGUACUUCCAAGUCGUGGGGAUGUUCGCGUCCACCUACAUGCUGGUCCUGAUGUCAGUGGACAGGUGCUUGGCGAUCUGCCAGCCGCUGCGCACAGUCCACAAGGGGAAAGACCGGUUCUGCGUGAUCGCGUCUUGGAUCCUCAGCCUGGUCUUCAGCACCCCGCAGGUCUACAUCUUCUCGCUUAGGGAGAUGGGGGACGGCGUGUAUGACUGCUGGGGGGACUUCGUGGAGCCGUGGGGCGCCAAAGCCUACAUCACGUGGAUGAGUCUCAGCAUUUACAUCCUUCCCGUGGCGAUUCUGAGCAUCUGCUACGGCUUGAUAUGCUUUAAAAUUUGGCAGAACAUCAACAUGAAAACCAGGAGGGAGCACUUCUUGGCUCUCACCCCGAGGCCGUCCAAGGGCGCGCAUCCACUGGCGCGCGUCAGCAGCGUCAGGCUCAUCUCCAAAGCCAAAAUCCGCACAGUCAAAAUGACUUUUGUCGUGGUCCUGGCUUACAUUGUGUGCUGGACUCCGUUUUUCUUUGUCCAAAUGUGGUCUGCGUGGGAUCCUGCUGCACCAAGGGAAGACAUCCCCUUCAUCAUCUCCAUGCUGCUGGCCAGCCUGAACAGCUGCUGUAACCCUUGGAUCUACAUGUUCUUUGCUGGUCACCUCUUCCAGGACCUGCUGCGGUGCUUCUUUUGCUGCGGCAGACGCUCUCUGGCCGACUCUUCCUGCAGCUGCGACCAUCAGUGCAAGCACAAGAGCCCCUCCUCCACUUACGUCAUCAAGAACGCCGGCAGCCAGAGGAGCCUAUCGCACACGUCCAGCACAGGGGGGCCGGCGCACUGAGCCUUCUAAGCUUCCUGUUGUUGACUUAUCCAGAAACCAUGCGAACGCUCAUACUUCAGGCAUUUAAUCAACUCCAGCAGAGCUGCGCCUGCCGCAGCACAAUGCGUGUUGUCACAUACCUUAAAUUAGGCCAAACAGAAAAUAUAAACCUGCUGUCCAGCAAAAAAAGGAAAGCCCUGUGAUAACAGAAAGUAAGACAAAGCGCUUUUGUGCUCAAAAUGAGGGCACAGCAGGGUGGAAAGGGAAGUUUGAAGCACAGGUACAUUAUAUACCGUGUUAAUUUGAGUUUCACGGGACUUGUGACAGUUAACAAAAAGGAUUAUCAACUUCUAUCAACUUCUAUCACUGCAGCUGUCAGCUCCAACCAGACCACAGCAUGGACUAAAUCUUCCUUCAGUAAAAGUUUCAUCUUUGCAGCUCUGAAUAAACUCCUGUUCUCAGAGAGAAAGAUGGAGGAAUUACUGUUAAAUAUAAGUUGAAGCUUGAUUGUGUCCAUGUCUUCGUGUAAGCUAAAAUAUUAUAUAUACUGAAUGUUCAGCAUUAAACGAUUCUUCCUUUAUCUUUAAAUGUAAACAACUGUCARGGUUUUUCAACAUGGUUCUGUUCUUUAGUUGGCUCAGAAUAUAGAUAAAGGGAAUGUUCUCUCCUGAGCUCCCACUCAAUCCUUAAAGGGAACGUAAUGUGGAAAGAGAUUUAAAGGGAUGUACAUCUCCUGACAUCUUUCAUGGCAAAGUUUUAAGUAAAURUCUCAUGCGAUGUGUUGUCACUUAUAAAAUUGUUGGGAAUGACUCUGAGCCAUGACCACGCCAGAUUUUAGCCUAUUUGCUGUAAAACUGGCCUAGCUGUGCAUUUGAAAAAGUUGAACAAUGGCAGCAGCAAUUUUGAAUCAAGUUGUAGAUGUAACUCCAAUGAUUACACUGAAAGAGUGUCAAAUCUGCUCACUGGUUGUUAAUAUAUUUUGUUAACAGAUAAACAUACACAGAUUACAGACAUGGGUCUUAUUGAGUGUCUGUAGUCACGACCAACUCAAACUAUAAAAAWUGACUUUUUGUUUGGGUCCUCCAAAUAAGUUAUUCAAUGAGCAAGUCAAAAGUAUGGCUUCAGAGUAAAAUCAUGACUGAACUGACARUGAAGGGUUCACAGGAAAGUACGGUGCAAAAGUCCUGAGCUGUCCCUCAUCUUUUAAAUCUUUUCUCCUAACAAGCGUUCCUUUUUUGGAUUUUUUAAGUAGUUUUAUUUCUUUUGGCUU